ACGUUCUUGUCCUGCUACUUCUCUUUUAAAUGGUGCUUCAUGCGCCUGUGUACACAUACAAACAUAUUACAUAUGUCUACCAACUUGGAAUAGGGCAAGUGAAAAUAGAUAUAUAAUCCACUGCACCCUGACAUCAUCCUCUCCCUACAAAGUCUUCUCCCCCAUAUAUAGCAGAGGGAAUACACACCAAACCUCAAAGGAAAAGUAGCAAAAGAGAAUUACAAGAGGGAGGAGGAGGAGGGGAUGGAGGGGGCAAGUCUCCUUUGAUUUCGUUCUUGCCUCUCUCGAGGUCAGCUCUUGGUGGAUUCAGCAAAACACAUGGCGUAGAGCAGGGAGCAAGAGAUUUCUUGAAGAAUCUGCAAGAAGUCGAUCGAGGAUCCGUCUAGUCCGGCUGUUCUAAGAAAGUAAUUAAGAAGCAGCUCGAUAAUCGAAACCCUACUAGCAAGCUAGCUAGGAGUAGAAGAGAAUUGAAGCUGGCGAACAGGUGGUGGGACGAGGGGCGGCUCGGCCUGCCGGAGCCAUCCCUUGGCAAGAACCAAGAAGAAAUGGCACUUUCCUCCAAGGACGGCGGCGCCACGGAGCAGCCGACGAGCGGCGGGAGCGGCGACGACCGGGAGAACGGCACGGGCGAGCCCAAGGAAGGCGCCGUGGUGACGGGCAACCGGCGGCCCCGCGGGCGGCCGCCGGGGUCCAAGAACAAGCCCAAGCCCCCCAUCUUCGUGACACGUGACAGCCCCAACGCGCUGCGCAGCCACGUGAUGGAGGUGGCCGGCGGGGCCGACGUGGCCGAGUCCAUCGCCCACUUCGCGCGCCGCAGGCAGCGCGGCGUGUGCGUGCUCAGCGGCGCGGGCACCGUCACCGACGUCGCGCUCCGCCAGCCGGCCGCGCCGGGCGCCGUGGUGGCCCUCCGCGGCCGCUUCGAGAUCCUCUCCCUCACCGGCACGUUCCUGCCGGGCCCCGCGCCGCCGGGAUCCACGGGGCUCACCGUGUACCUCGCGGGCGGGCAGGGGCAGGUCGUCGGCGGCAGCGUCGUCGGCACGCUCACGGCGGCGGGGCCCGUCAUGGUGAUGGCGUCCACGUUCGCCAACGCCACCUACGAGAGGCUCCCGCUGGACGACGCCGAGGAGGAGCCCGCCGGGCAGGCGCCGCCGCCGCAGCUGCCUCCUGGCCCGGGCGGAGGGCCGCCUCUGAUAAUGGGCGGGAUGGCCGAUCCCUCGGCGGCGAUGCCAAUGUUCGGCGGUAGCGUCGGCGGCGUGCCGCCAAGCCUCAUGCCAGGGGGCGGCGCCGCCUCCGGUGCGGGCCUGCAGCUCGGGCACGAGGGGCUUGCAUGGGCUCAUGCACGGCCACCGCCGUACUAGGAGGGGGAUCUCCAUGCCAUGACCGAGGAAUGGAAGUAGAAAUGGAGGAUCGUUCAUCGCUGCACCGACAGCUCAAGGACGACGACGACGACUGCGACUCAUCAUCAUAUAGUUACUUCUAGCUAGAACUGAAGAUCGAAUUAAGCAUGCUUCCAGGAGCUAAUAAAAGGCUCUUCGAUUGAUCAAUUCUAGCUAAUACAGUAAUCUGCGAAGAAGGUAAACUACACUAGUACUAUAUAUAUUAUACUGCUACUGCAAACUGCAUGCAUGUGACUGUGUGGAUGUGCCAAAUGUCAGCGCAAGAUACGAUCGAGCUUCUUGCUGCUUGCAUAUAUUGUUUCCUCAUUGUGAUGUUUGAUUUAAUUAGAAGAUGCAGCAUGAUAAAUAGAUGGUGGAUGCUUAUUAUAUACUGUAUGUCUCUUUGAUCUCUCUCUUGUGCAAAACUCUGCCGCUAAGAUGAUCAGCUCAACUAC